GGGGGCGUGCGCGCGCCCGGCGUGGAGAGACACAGACACGUACCCAGCUGCACUCCUCCCGUGUCACGGCGCAGACAGCACACCUCUCUCGACCAAUAAUGUGAACAAAACAUCAGUCUGGAUCAGAUGUUUAAAAACUCGUCGCUUAUUUUCUGGACUCCACAAACACAUACACGCGCGCACUCCCCCGAAGGGGCUGCAUCCAUCCAUCCAUCCAGCAGGCUUUUCCGGUCCGGUGUGACAUGCGGCAAUGUCCCGUGCAGGAAUAUGCCCACGCGUGAACUCCCGCGGAGUUUGGGGGAUUUUGCUGGCGCUCUUAUUGGCGGCGAGCGCGCUCCAGGUGGGCGCGUACAGCUGUCAUGAGGUGAGGGCCGCCUUCCAGGUGAGGCAGGUCGGCCCCCUGCAUCGAGUCCCGGAGACACCUGGCACAGAUGUGGAUCUCUUGGUCUGCAAGCACCAGGGUCCAUCUUGCUGCACCCGCAAGAUGGAGGAAAGCUACCAGUUCGCAGUGAGGAGAGAAACCCUCCACAACAUUUACUUAUACAGUUAUGAGCUGAAGCACCUGAUCGCUCGCCACUCGGAUGCCUUCCAGGACAUGUUCCAGUACCUGCUAUCCUUCUCCCAAGGACACCUGAGUUCUCUGCUGGAAGGGACCUACACCCCACUUUCUCGUCAAGCUUUGCCCCACGUGAACAAACUCUUCUCCUCACUCUCCCUUUAUCUCCGCGGGGCCAACGUCUCAGCGGAGACGACGGUCCACCAUUUUUUUAACAACCUCUUCCCCCUCGUCUACACACGGCUCAUCAAUCCGGGCAUUGUAAGCAGCGUGGCGGCGGACACGGAAAUGACGGAUUGCCUCCGUAUGAUUAGGCAGGACGUCAACCCUUUUGGGCCGCAUCCGGCCGUCAUGGCCAAGGAGCUAUCCGAGGCGAUGAGCGUGGGCCGUCAAUUGGGCCUGUUCCUCGAGGAAGGUCUGGAGGUGCUGAAUGCCACCGAACACGUGAGCUUGACCAAAGACUGUCUUAAGGGCCUGGUGAAGAUGGUGUACUGCUCCCAUUGCAGAGGACUAACGCUCAUCAAGCCCUGUGUGGGUUAUUGUCUCAAUGUGAUGCGCGGCUGCUUGGCCAGUAUAUCUGAGCUCGAUCAGCCUUGGAGGAGGUAUACUAACUUGUUGGAACAGCUCACGCACGCCAUGGUGGGCCACCACAGCCUGGAACUCGCGUUGCUGGGAGUACGAGGCCACGUGAACGAGGCCUUGCUCCACGCGCAACUUCACGGUCCGCUCAUCACAGCCACGGUAGACAAGGUGUGUGGCCUGACGACCCGAGCGCCUACCGGCAUGCAGCCUACCGGACCGGAGGUCACGACCCCCAGUGGGAGCUCGACAACUCCGCUUCCUUCUGCUGCCCCUUUCAAACCUCUGCCAGAGCAGUGGCUGGGGCAGCUCGCCCAUUUGAGGAGGGACUUCCUGAUGUACCUGCAACGCUACAAGUCUUUCUAUUCGGCGCUCCCAGAGAUGCUGUGCGAAGGGGAGAACGUGGUGGAUGAUGCCACAUGCUGGAGUGGAGAUGAGGUGGUCGAGAGUUAUACGGGCAGAGUGGUAGGAAAUGGUCUGCAUGCACAAAGACAGAAUCCAGAGGUCAAAGUUCGGAGCGCUAACCCCUCGCUCGCUGACGUGAAGGAGAGGCUUGAAACCUUCAACCAGGAGACCCAGGAGAAAUUUCCAAAUCUGGGCCAGAUGGAAGCCUGGGAAGAGCUGGGCAGUGGGGAGAAAGAGGGCAGUACAGCAGAUUGUGAUGACGAAGAUGGAUGUCAAGCCUCAGGAGACGGUCAAGACACAACCUUACACACAAAAGGCUCCAGUGAAGUUGGAUCCAUCGGGCCUGAACUGAAUGUUCCGAAGCAGAAUCCAGCCAAGGCCCCGUCAGUGCGAGUGAUAGGAGGUUCCCCAUCGAACAGCUGGCCAGGACCCUGCAGCCUCGCACUGCUCCUCGCUGCACUUUGCUCACAGUGGACUUUAUUCUGAUGUCUACAAAAAGAAAAACAAACAAAAAAAAAACUGCAGACUGACUUUAACAUUCAACACACACAUCACUUUUCAACUCCUCCAUCCUGUUGGAUGACGGAAGGGGGAAUAGACGACAACCUCCAGGCGGCGAUUCUCCCCUUUCGAGACCGUCUUGUUGUGGAGCUUGCCCGUGUGUGUUUGUUAAAAGCGAUUCCCGUGAACACGCACACUCCAAACAAAAUCCCCGCUGCUUCCUCUGGGCUUUGCCGUCUCUGAAAUGGUCGAGACUCGCGUCCGUUCACUCUUAAAGACGCACCCUUUGGAAUUUUAGUGAGGACUGUAUACAGAGGCUUACACUUGCUGCCAAUUUGCAUACACUUUAAUUCUCUUUUGUUUUUCUACCUUUCAUUUUGCCAUCGCAAACCACUGCAUCAUCUUCUGCCCCCGCAAGGAGAAUUCAUUUGAAAACAUAUUUCCUGUGUGAGGAUUACGGAAUGCAUGCUAGAUUGAGAAAUUGGUUCCAGGCGUCUGACCGAGAACACCAGAUUUGAUAUCCUCUAACGACUGUGUAUCUUGGCUCCGAUUAGAAUGUGAACGCUUGUGCAGGUGAGCGCCCUCGCACACGUGCGACUUGCUGUUUAUAGUAAGUACGUUUAUAGCGGUGGAAUGAUCUGACAGAGUGUUUGAGGUUCAGAGUCAGAGUAAAGCUCUUAGUGGCUAAUGGAGCUUUAUGAGCUGUUUAAAUGGAUUGCAAUGCUCAUCUGCUCUGAAUAUACCGGGAUAUCAUUUCUAUGCAAAACAGAAAGUGGUGACUUUAAGAAGGUGGAAAGAAAGCCGGUAUGGCAUUUGAUUUGAUGAAUGUUUUGCGUGCAUCUUCUCUCGUGUGUUGGCUUGUGGAAACGCAUGUUGUCCAAACUGUUACUAUGAGCAGGAUCGCUGUCCGAAACAUUUUUGUAGUAAUGUGCCCUAAAUUUCGGACUGUCGUAGAAUCACUUAACGACCCUGUAAAGUGAAUUCACUAUUUCAUGAAUUCCAGAAUGCUGGAUGUUCGGACAAAAAAAAAAAAAAUGUAAGUCAAGACAUGAUGCUUUAGAGUGCCUCGUUGUUGGCCAUGAGUGUGCAUACAUAACUGAGAAAGAAAGUAGCAGGAAAAAUACUUUAAAAUCAGAUCGUCGUCAACCAUGUUAGUGCACAUUCAGCCCAAUCGUGUUCCGAUACCUUUUUAAAUGUUUGGUUCCUCUCUUGCCGGAUUCAGCACAUUGGCAGCCAUUGUGCUCGCCCUUUCUUAAUGACUUCAUUGUGUGUCCCGUUCUAAUGCCAGAAAUGUUUUUCUUUCAGUCACGAUAACAGUAAUGCCCCCCCCCGCCUCACCCGCCCUAAUGCCGAACGUUCCUCGCAAAUCCAAUAGAUUACAAGUCAAAUCCGUAUUUGUCUCUGCGCAGAAGAAGCCGAACAAGCAAGCUGCUCUCCUUUUACAAUGCCUCCCAUCCCGCUUGCCUUCUUGUGUAAAUGUUGCCACUGUUGUUGGAAAGUGAAGCACGUGUGAUGUAAAUGAAUGUAUGGUCAGCGCGACGACGCCAAUACCGUAUUAAAGCUGGAGCUGACAUUUCAGCGCUCUUGGGCAUAUGUUGGUCUGUGAUUCCGAGGGAAAACGGAUAGUGUCUUUCAUUUGAUGUCGAUGCAAAUACAUUUUGUAAGAUGGAGUCAAUGACACUUCAGGCAUAAGAGCAAUGUGGCUACUUGCAAGUCGAAAAUGUGUCAAAUUCUGUUCCAUUCACCAGUACUGAAUUCUUUCUCCAUGUCCUACAGAUCACUCACCGUCAUAUAUCGUCGCAUGUGGAUAAAUGUACAGAUUUAAGUCACUUA